AUGCUUCGAAUUGGAUGUCCUUUUAGAAGCCUGAACACUUUCAAUGUUCUUUCAAGACAAUUGGUGAGAAAAUAUUAUUUUAUUGUAUAUAGUUUUAAUACUGGCCUAUAGCUCAUAGGGAUUACAUAAGCCAAGCUCCCAAGGUAGGCGUCCGUCCUCGAAUGCUGAAAAAGCUUAAUUUCUGGACAAUAUUAAAAAAAAAACACGUAAGACAUUUUAAGGGAUUGGAAAUCACGCCAUUGUCCUAGGAAACAAAGUUAUAUCAUCUUAGAAAAGAACAAAAAAUCGGACUUGUUUUAUAAUGUUUUUUUCGCCACAUACAGGUCCUUUCUUACAUGCUAUUUGGAGGAAGUAGUGUAUUGGUUAACUUACUCCUCACUGGGAAUGUGUUUCCCUCAUGUCUGGUUACUUAUCUGCACGCUUUAUUUUAAGGUUAAUGGUUCUUCCACAUGCAGCCACAGCAAAUUGAAGUCAUUUGCUUGGGCAAAAAACAGCAUAUUUAACGUAAGUGUAAUUUUUGGUGUUAAAUAUCAUUAAGCUUAAUGCUUCUUAGGCCGCAAGCAGUCGUCCUUUGUUCCUCUGGGCCAUGCGAGGUGAGCGAAAAAUUUCCUUUUUCCCUCAGAGCCAUGCAAGGUGAGCAGAAAGUUAACAUUAUGCAAAUUACUGGCAAAAAAGGAGGAGAAGUUGGGGCAGGGAGAGAAAAUAAAGGAUGACUGCGGAGGUUUUAUUGUAUUUUUGAAUUAUCAUUUCAGUGAAACAGAAAUUUUGAUUGAUCACCAACUUGUCAAUCCAUCAACAAAAAAAACAUCUCAGUCCCAAAGGAGUCCAAUUUUCAUGGCGGCUUUUUGCAGCACAUGGUAAACAGACACGUUCUGUAAACUGCACUCCAGUUUCCAAAUGGAAGCCCAGGUCUUCAAGGAACCUGAACUAUAUUCCAGGUCAAAAUAUUUCCUCUUUUCACACCAUAGGAAUUUCAGUACAUGACAAUGAAAGAACAAUAUAUUUCAAAUAGUUUGCCUGGUCUAUAAUAAUGUGAGGCUUCUUCCCGUUUUUGCUUUCUUUCUCGCUUACUUUGAUAAACCCCAUUUUUGGGGGGGAUUUUCAGGAUUUUUAUGUCAGUCUUUCCAAAUUAAGGUGCGUCGAUGUCAAGCGUACGAUAAACAUAAGAUUAUCGCAAUCGUUUAACUUUGUUCGUUACAUGUAUAUGUUGCAGUUAAUUUUUUAUUUCAGUUAAUUUUUGUUUUUCCUUUGUUUUAAAUUCAUUAGCGUACAUUACCAUACACCAAAACAAUGGAAAAAUAAAAAUUAACUGAAAUAAAAAAUUAACUACAACAUAUACGUUUACAUAAAUGAUACAGCAGGAGUUUUCUAGUAUUACCUUAUAUAUUACUGACCUAGGUCGUAAACGGACCGUAAACAGUUGACUCUUAUGAAACUGUUUCAGAUUCACAAUUAACCCGGUUCUUUGUUGAGGAUUUCAAAACGUCGACCCGGGCUGCCUUUGGGAUUCGAAGGGCACACAGCACACACUAGCCUGCGUAGCAUGGCGGUUUUGGUUGGGCGCGCUAAAUAAUAAAGGCAGGCGUGGGUGAGGAGAUUAGGGCAGGAGCUGCUUCGCCGCUCGCAGUCGUGCUGCCAACAAAACCACAUAAAACUGCCAUGCCCGGAGGAGUACUUGGGUUAAUUUUUGCUUGGUAUGUGCCGCUGGCCUCUCAGAGCCCCAUAGACCCCAUCUUAGUCAUUUUUGGACAAAUAUUAAUUUUCGCGAUCCCAACUUAGUCACUUUCUAUUUUAAUGAAUGGACCAUUUUUUAGAUUGAGUGAAGAACACCUUACCUUUCAUCUACAAUACAAACAUUCUGGUACGUUUGCUAACCGUAAAUAUGAAGAACUGUCUUACCCCAAAAGAGCAGAAAAUGUGCGACCACAUUCUAGUAACUCUCUGAAAAUGCGACCCCAUUAUAGUCAAUCCAGUCGUGAAAAUGCGACCCCAUCCAGCGGCACAUCCCCAUUAGCCUCUUAUAAGGAAGUAGCCCCGUCCCCCGGGGGCCCAUGCUACCUAGGCUAAGCACACACGAAUACUACUACAUUCUACAUUCCUGCAUGCACAACAAGAAGGACGAGUAAUAAUUUUUAGACCACACGAUCUUCAUAGAUUAUCUUUCGACACUACGCAAUUUAUAACGACCUCAAUGACCUCACUAUUUGCUGGAAUAUCUGAUUGAUCCCUUAAUUGACCUUCUGGAUCGCUCGCCAUUGUUUUACAACCGGCACUAAAGUGGCGGUAACAUCACAGGGUCCAGAGGAGUUUCGUGUGAAUAAAUGAAUUACUUACCUUGAAAAAUGUCUAUACCUGUCGCUUAGCACGAUUAAUUAGCCCAAUGGGAUCUUUAUAAAUCUACUGUAAACGAUUUCUUCGCUUCUUAUCUGACCCAGAUCGACUUUUGAAAUUCAAUAACCGCAAGCCAUAUCCUCUCUGGCGCACGGUACGUCGCCCGAAGGGUGACCGAAGGCGGUCGCCCUCCGGGCGACCGAGGCACGAAGUGCCGAGUAAAAGAAAGGACAAGGGAGGAAACUUGUACCACGUGACUUCGUUCUAUGUGAACCGCAGCACUCGGUGACGGAAGUCGGAAAGAGACCGGAAACGCAAAAGCAACAGACCGCUGCUAAUUCGAGAAUCAAAACAUCAGCUGCGGAGAGAGUUUUAAAGAUCUCAGAGAUCUAUGCGAAAAUAACAGAGUUUUAAUUGAAGUGAAGAUCUUUCAAGACUGGACAUUUGUUGUACGUUUCAACAGUCUUCGAUGUCUUAAGCAGGUUUUGCUUGUGCGAAGGCUUCCCAGUAGUCGCAAAACGCACAGCCAAAGACACAAGAGGUAAUAUAGUUGGAUCACCGAAGAAUGGCACAGUCGUGAUGAUAUUACAGUUGCCUUGUACGCCCGCUCUACUCAGUGCCACUUUUUAUUGUAAGAGUACACACCACCCGUAAAUCACUAUUCGUAAUAAUUUAACAUUCUCCAAACAAAACUAACAAGCUGGGCCCAGCGUGAUACAGCAUUGAAGAAAAACAUUACAUUCACGGACUAAAGAAAAUCGCUUAGUUAUUCAGAUCCAGAAGGCACUUUGGAGAAAACUGGAACCCUUGUUCAGCCGUAAUAAAAAGCUUUACGCUUCAAAAGAGGUCAAAGAAAAUGCGCUUGCAUCAGAGGGCAAAUCCUGCCGACCAGAAACAAUAACCACAGUAAAUCGAUAUGUGUCAUGACCUCUCAGUGUGAAACAUGCGGCUAAAAUCCCCGCUAAAAUCACAUUUGCUGUAGAACCUUCCAGAGCAUAAUCUACCCAGCAGAGGAAAAAAACUUUAUUGGAACGAGCAGCAUUUUGGCAUGAGGCAAAAGUCGUGUAGGCUUCCCUUUUAUUGCUCCGAUCUUGAACACAUUUACUUUACUACGUCAUUUCCGUCACCAUCUGUUGCGGUGCACACCAAACGAAAGCGCUCUCUAGAAGCCGUAAAUUUCAGUCGCCGAAAAUGAAUUUGAACGCUUUCUUAUGCUGUUUUCCUACAGUAUUUGGCAAAUACAUAAGAAUUCUAGAUCAGGUUAGUAAAAUCAGGCGAUUUCAUUCAAUUCCAUUUGAGUUUCAGGGAUUCGAAAAUCGGCCCCAAAUUUGUUUCCUCCCUUUCCGUAUUUUAUACUGUAAGCCGAUCUUGCGAGCCCUCAGUCUCUUAGUUUGCGGUCUAUAGAAUGUGUAACGAAACCGUAACGCGAUCAAAAUAACCCAUUUUUUCAGAGGUUUUCGACGGGUUUUGAUGUUCUAACGACGAACACAUCUCCUCUGGACCCUGUGGUAACAUUGGUAAGGAGGUUAACCAAGCUAACUAUUCCCACAAGGUCCAUGAGGUUAUAAAUAAUGCGACAUGUUUACGUAUCAUUGGAUAAAAAAAGUCGACGUCGUUAAUCAUAUCAAGUAUUAACUGAAAUUUCAAGCCAAACGAUUUGUCUGGACUGUUUGCGCAAUAUACGAUCCCCGACUGUGCAACGAUAGGAAGACACGCAGGUCACGCAGGCUAGCUAGGGAGACCUUUUAGGAUUUGUAUCCUCUUGUGAUGAAAAAGAAGCAGAUCACCAUGACACAAUGAUUUUUUCACCGCCUACUGCGACAUAAAAUUUAAACUUACCGCACACCGCUUGGACUCUGAGAACCGCAAUACCAUACUUUGAAACAAAAAUUGCCGCAACACCGCACCAAAAAUAACCCAAUACCGCAAUACCGCAAACCCUUACGCCCCCCUCAGGUGUGAAAAGUGGCAAAUCAGCAGAUAAAAGAUCCCAUCACAGUCUCUUAUUUUUUCUUUGCUCGGGCUCCACCCUCAUUUCUCACAGCUUUGCCACUCGCCACUCGCGUGUACCCUCAGUUCUCGUACUCUCAUUCUACCGUGUCUCAACAGAAAAAUAAGAGACUGCUCGCAGUCUAAAUCCUUUUUAAAGUGAGACUUCAAUUUGAUGUUUAAAUUUGACUGUGUUUUGCUAUCAGACAAAGUUGUCAAGCAUGACAAGGAAAUGCAAAAAGUUUGUGACAAUGGAGGCUUCUGCUGCACCACCAAAAACAGCAGAUUUACUACCACAAGGAACUAGGAUAACAGGUACCAGGGAGUAUUAAAGUAAACUGAAAUUUCAUUUUGUCAAACAUUUUACAAAAAGAAAAAAUCUGAUUAGUAACUACAGGUAAAUGCACUAACUUACUUUUAAAAAUUAAAAGCACAUCUUGUUAUUUAAAAAAAAUAAAAUUAUUCUCUGCUUGUAUUUUCUUGGAUUUCUAUAUUUAUCUUUAAUUAUUUUGUGUAGGAUCCAUGAUUUAAGCUUUGAGUAAGUUAUCUAAUUUUAGCACAAUUAUACUAACCCAUGAAUAGAAGCUAACCUACAAGUAUCAAUUAUUAAUAAGUGACUGGAGGAAUAAGCUGAGUGUAAAGUGCACUGACAACAGGGACGCUGUCAUCCAUAGUGCGCAUGGCUAAAGUGCACUUGCCUUAUUCAUUGACGACAACCCCCGCCCCCCACCCCACCUCAAGAUCUAGAUCCACUAUUGUGCAAUACUGUAUGUGAACAGAUUUCAACUAGACAGCGGAGCUACAAAUUACAGUUAUUGGAGAAUGUCUGACAAAAAGGGGGCACAAAUUUCUAUCUUCAGUCAGACAUGAUUACCAGAUGGAUCAAAAACUAAAAAAAUAUAUCAUUUUGUAGUUAAUGAAUAACAUAGUACUAAAAAUACUCAAAGUGAAUGUAAAUUAUGUCCAACAACUUUUCUGGUUUAUCCAACUUAAGUAGCAACUUGGUUGCCUAUAUUUCCUUUCUGAAGAGAUGAAUAAUUUUUGUUCACAGUCCUGGGAAAGAUGAGAUUGAUUGUUUGCCUUAAGAAUGUCUGUUUGAGUUUACAGCUUUCUUGUUUUAUGAAGGUCAAAUUGUUUUAAUUUUCCACCUCUGUACCCCCCUUUGUCGCCAGGUUACUGGAUGAUUGGUUGUGCUGGCAUGGUGAUAGGCUCUGUAGUGUUGGGCGGAGUCACACGACUCACUGAGUCUGGUCUUUCUAUGGUCGACUGGCAUCUCAUAAAAGGCAUGAAGCCGCCAAGAACGCAAGAAGAAUGGGAGAGGGAGUUUGCAAAAUAUCAGACAUAUCCUGAAUAUAAAUAGUAAGUUUCUCUUGUUGUUGUAUAUUUUUCUUUAUUUAAACAUAUUUUAGUGAUGAAGUUAAAAAAACUCAUCAAAAGGGCUCACUUUGCAAUAACAUUUAAAAUUUAAAAAAAUUACGUUAAAUAGUUAUUAGUCAGAGCAGAAGCAAAACAAAGAGGAUAUUAUUAAAGGAAUGCUAGCAGGUGGAAAAUACAUAUUUAGGUACUUUUAUAAAAUCUCAUCAAUUCUGAUAUAAAAGACUGGACGUGAAAAAAUCAAUCAUUAUUUUGCUCUGGAGACAGUAACAGUUAUCCAAACAGAAAAACUGAUACAACUUGUGCUUUGGACAUAAAAGACCACUUGUCAUCAAAUAUGCAGGUAGCAGAGGAGAGCAGAUUAGUUCUAGGGGCAGAGUAAAGUGGACAUUCAAGAAAAAAAGUGCUUAACUGUCUCGUUGUGGAAACCAUAAAAACAGACACCGCUUUGUAUAUUUUUUAAUCAUCAUAAUGUGGAUGGAGGGUAGGUGUACUUGUCCAAAAUACCUAGAUACCGGUACACGCUGCCAGUGGGGUUGUAAUCUUAGUAAUCCUGUUCUAGUAGAAAGAAUCCAUUUUCAAAAAGUUUUAUAGUGUGAAGUUCAAUAUGUCAAGUGGAUGGAAACUUUUAAUUUAUUCAUUAUCAUCAUCAUGCUGUGACCACCAGAGUGGAUGGGACAUUCACGCCAUGGAGAUUUCUUUCCCAAACACCACAAUUCACUAUCAAUUAAUACUAGUCAUGUUUUAAUCACCUAUGAUAAGGUAUUGAAAAUUGGCGUAUUUCUAGAACAGGUAAUACUUUGAAUGCAACUUUUUUCGUGAAAUGACUCUAAAUUUGAAGACCUGGGCCAGGUCGUUUAAGCUUAAAAAGCAAAUUCAAUUUAAUUCGUUUUGUCUCCAAUUUGAUGUGAAGAUGCUCUAAAAAGAAUAGAGAAAAUUAUCCAAGAAAAUGCUUUUGAACAAAAGAUAAAGAAACCCAGUUCAAAAUGUAACCCUGGAUUAGCGCUGAUUGGCCUUCAAACAACUGGGCCCUGGGCAACACAUCACCACCCAAACUCCACCAUUAGUAACUGCUCCAGGGAUUUCAUUCAUAGAUAUUACCAACAUCCUGUUAGUUUACUAAACUUUUUAAAAGUUUACUAAAAAAGUUCUGAAUAAAUUGACUUUUUUCAAACAUGAUUCUCUUUAGAAAAAUGGAAAGAUAGUUAUGUUGUUUUAUCUUUCAUUUUUCUUUUAACUGGUGGUAAAGUGCCAAUCAAGGUCCCAAAAUCUACCAUUUUGAUUUCAUCCAUAGAUCCAGAAGUGUCACCUAUAAAAUUAAAAAUUGGAUUUGUCAUGUUUUACAUGUGCCAAUCAAGGCAUCUCUUUGACUGAGUUUAAAUGGAUUUGGUACAUGGAAUAUGCUCACAGGAUGUGGGGUCGCUUGGUUGGUGCUGUAUUCUAUCUUCCUGCUGCUUACUUUUGGUAUAAAGGUUAUUUUAACAAAGGACUGAAGAUCAGAGUUGGGGUGUUUGGGGCACUGAUAAUGUGUCAAGUAAGAUUACCUACGAUUUUCAGCCAUUUCUAGCAUAUUGUAACUUCUCAAUAAUUUCUGUAAUUCUCGUGCAUCUAGGCUUGUCCACUUAUGGUUUCCCUGCAUUGAAUGUUAUAUUCAUCACUAGAUGUGCCAUUGUUGUACACUGUAAAAUGGUCAGGGUUGUCACUAAAAUUUUAAGUUGCUGGGUAAAUACAAGACAUAGGCAGGGAAUCAAACACCUGGUAUUUCGUUUGCUUCUAUAUUUCUUCUAUUUUCCUUUGAAGGUAGCCAGGGGCCACUUUCAUAAUAGCCUGGGAAAUUUCCGGCCCCAGACUCUUAAUGAGAGCCCUGAUGGUUAUAGGACUGAGUGGAGUCAAAUUUGGCCUUUAAUAUCAAGUACAUUUUCUCAUCAUUGCACGUUCUGUCUAAUAAAUUAUGCUGUAAAAUGCAGAAAUAAUAUCUACCACAGUGUAUAAUAGCCAACAAGAUUGGAUAAUUCUAUUUUAGUUCUGAUUAAAGUGGUAUCAUCAAGCAACAAAAUGUCAGCAGUUAAACUAAACAAGUACAUGAGUUUUUCUUUUUAUCUCUUAUUUGUAAAUAAUUUUAAUUUUUUUGUUGUGUUCCCAAUUAGUUGUGAAAACUAAAUACAUUGACACAUUGAUAAAGCUGUUACUUACAUACUUACCUUUGACAUCCAUCAAUGAUCUCUUCAUAUCCCUAUAACUGCUAAAUAUUAUUGUUUGUAUUUUGUCAUUUUAAGGGUUUGCUCGGCUGGUAUAUGGUAAAAAGUGGACUUGAUGAAGAAAAGAUUAGCAAGACAGAAAUUCCUCGUGUGAGCCAAUAUCGACUUGCAGCUCACCUUUCAAUGGCCUUCCUUCUGUAUGCUGGUUUGGUGUGGUGUGCACUCUGUCAGUUUAUCCCAAGGCCAAAGGUAAAUUAGUACACAAGUUUCUCAGGUGUACUCCCUGUAAUUUAUUGGUGGCAUAGUUUAUAGAGCAGAAAAGUCUUGUGGCCAUUGUGUUAGCUUUGCCAACAACCGUCUUUAAUAACAGAUUUACCACAGAUAUUUAAUUUUUUUCCAGUAUGUCAUGACACCCCAGUUGAGACGAGUCAGGUGGUUUGCUCAUGUUUGCAAAGGUUUUGUGGGUUUUACCGCAGUAUCUGGUGAGUCAAAAAUAACAUAGAAACCUACAAAGUAGAACCUCCAUGCUCAGUGGGACUGGAGUAAAUAGUGUGGAAAAUCAAAUAUAUGAAUAUUAAUGACUUUUUUCAUGCCCUAAUUUUAUCAUUUCCACCACAAGUCUGUCUGUCAAGACUAAAAUUUGUUCAUCUGUUUUCUGUAGAGAUAGACUGUGAGUAGUCUAUCUUUUUCUUCAGAUUUAGUGAGGGGAGUGCAGGCAUGCUCAAGUGUCAAGGCGAUAAAUGAGGGCGGCAGCCCGAGAAGAAGAAAGAAAAAAGUGUCUUUUUGGUGUCUCUCCUGUCUCACACCUUCCGUCACACAGGUGGUCAUUUGCGUCUCUCGCAUGUUUUGCUGGAGGGACCAAGAAAAAAGAGAGACUGCUACUGCAGAGAGCUCAUAUUAUAUGAAGUUGAGUCAGGGCUUCAUCACUUACAAUGCAUGCAAGUGCUACUGUUCUUUGAAAGGGACCUUUGAAAGCACUGAUGACACUCGAGUAACUUAUUGAUCAAAGCUUUUUACCCCUCCCUCCUUAGGUGCCUUUGUUGCAGGCUUAGAUGCAGGUCUGGUCUAUAACUCUUUUCCCAAGAUGGCUGAUCGAUGGAUUCCGAGCGAUUUGUUUGCUCUUGAGCCAAAGUGGAAAAAUUUCUUUGAAAACCCUACUGCAACACAGUUUGCUCACAGAAUUCUUGUGAGUAGUUUCUGUUUAAUUCAUUUUUUUAGCAGAUCUAUUUUUGUCAUACCACAAAUUUAAAGAAGGCACAUUUUUUCGUAGCCUGAAUUUCAUCCGCUUGCUUUGAGUUGUUUUCUCCUCAAUAAUAAUGACUCGAAGUAAUCGGAUGAAAUUCAGGCUACAUUUUUUCGAUUAUUUCUAUUAAAAAUAAAUAUUUUGGGUGGGAGUGUUGUCUGACGACCCCUGCUUAAAAACAUCAGUUGAGUAACAAAUAAUUCUCAUUUUUUUGGUGCAACAUCCUUGAACGUCAUUAAAGUUACUCUUGCUGUGACAGCUCUAAUAGUGGUAAUUUUGUUACAGGGUACAACCACAGUGUCAUCUGUCGCAAUCUUGUUUCUUCUUGCAAGGCCUCUAACACUGCCAGGAAGAGCCCAUUUAGCACUAAAUUGCGUGCUGGGGGUGGCUGCUGGUCAGGUGAGGAAGCUACAGAAAUGAUACACCACAUGUAGACACUUAAAACCCGGGGAGAGGGGACCCACAUUUAGCCUGCGUCGCAGACGUAAUUUUACCCCGGUUAGUGACGUCUGCGAAGCAGUGCAAAGAUCACUGUUCUGUGCCCCCAACGGACUCAACGAAUUACUGGAAGUGCAUUUCGAAUUUACUUUCAUCCUGAUUGGCAAAUCGACAAUGGCUUUUUAACAGGCCAAUCGUGAGGGUCCUCAAUAGGUUUUACGGGAUUCGGGAUUUUCCUUGUUUGAAGCUCGGGAUUCGGGAUUUAAGAGCAAAAUCGAGGCGAGAUUCGGGAUUGAAAGUAUGCGGGCGAGGUAGAAUGCCCGAAAUAACCCUCGGGAUUACGGGAUUGCACGAAAUUUUAAGUCGGGAUUACGGGAUUGAAGGACCCUAUUGGGGACCCUCAAUUAUGAUGCAUACACAAAUUCUGGUACACAGGUGGGGACCCAGAACAAGGAUUUCGGUUCUGUUUUGCAGACGGACUGCACCGAGAAGUUUAGUUUUCGUCUGUGGCGUAGGCUAACCUACAUGGGAGUUUACACUAAGAGACAUGUACAGCUACAGCUAAGGCUCUGCCUCGUCCACAGUCGUUACCGAUCACUUUUUGGAGAAUAUUGGUGUUAAUUAUUGUUAUUUAUUGACCAGACUCCUAAAAGCAAGUGUCAUCUAGGACUACGUCCCCUUUUGUUGCAAAAUAGCUCAAAAUUGUUUCAAUUCAGUCUUUCGUUUUUCUUUGUCUUUUCCAGGUUAGCCUUGGUAUUCUCACGUUGCUGUACUAUGUACCAACUCACCUGGCUGCCUGCCAUCAAGCCGGGGCUCUUUCACUUUUGACAGUCGCAGUGUGGCUUACUAAUGAACUCCGCAGACCUCUUGUACCUAAAUGAGAGCUGCUUACAUCUCAAUUUGGACUGCUUGAGGACCACGCCCUUUCGUGAUGGCCAGGUAAAUGCUCUUUUAUCAGAGCACAAUUGAAAGCAGCACUAAAGGAAAAAAACCUUUGUCUUAAAAGAACUGUCAACGUCACCAAAAACAUUCUGCAAGGGUGUGGAUUUUUAUACAGCGUCUCUUCUAAGCUGCGUUGAGCUGGAAGUGUUCCUCGGCGAGCUUACCACACAAACUUUGCGUUGAAAGUGUUCCACGCCGAUUCUGGCACAAACUUUGCGGUGAGAAUCAGGAGGGGCAAGCUCAGAUUUUUGCUCGUUUUCCCAGCGUAGCUCGCAGGGAAACGCUUGCAACUUUUUUCAUGAACACUGCCUCUAAAACGGCAUGUAUCAACAAAGACGAGAGAAUGUAGAACUUGCAGAGGUAUUUAUGUAAGUGUAUGUAAACUUUGCUGUAACUUUUGACUAUGUACGCUGUUUCUUAUAAGUACUGACAACGUGUAAAGUGCUAGCCAAAAUAAAAUUUUUUGACAAAAAAAAUGAAAUUUCAAUUUGUAAAAUAGCGAUGAAGAGUAAUAAAGUUGUCGUUUGUC